CGAACCUCAUUUCACUGAAAACACGUCGAAGGCAUUUUGGUUCCUGAAUCCAGCCAAAAAACUUGUAUAACCCCGUUUUAAUCAAGGAAUGGAAGCUAUGCCUACGUUUACACCAAGCGGAGGCCAGCAACUUCUUGUGCGGGGAACAAUUCAAGAAAAUUUCGACGAUAAAAUGCCUCUUACAAGUCGAUACGCAUGGCCUCGUAGGUCGGAAUCGUCGCUAAGCACAAGUAGCUUUCCAAACAGAAACAGCAAAAAUCCAUUUUUUGCGAGGCAUAACCCUCAUCCACAGAGAGUGAGGCAUCUUAAAGGACUUUUAGAUGUCCCAAUUUGCACUGUGAUCGAUUAUACAGUUUGUACACCUACCGUUGGGACACCAACCAUCGACCAAAUGCGGCAGAGACCUUUGAAAUCCAGCCAUGGUUUGCACUUACCAAUCAAUCUAGACAGUGUGAAAGAAAAGGCCGUCCCAUCCGUUGGUUUAGUCCCAAUAACAGAAACCUGGCGAGAGGAGUUGAGGAAACUUACAGAAGCUUCUGGCCUUAAAAGCAAAAGCCGCUACACCAACAUUGCAAGUUAUCAAGUGCCUCCAUCGAGGCAGGGAUCAAGACUAGGGGAGAGACCUCCACCAUCAAGAGGUGGUAUGCUUCCUCCUCCAUCAAGGAAUGGAGAGAAACCACCAUCAAGAAAUGGGGAAAUUCCCCCGUCACGUAAUGGCGAGAAGCCACCAUCGAGGUUGGGAGAGUCCAGACAGGGAGGCAGGCCAUCUGUACUGCGAACAGAACUUCCCUUGCAGCACAUUGCUGCAGAUACUGAUAGUGAUCUGACUAUGUACAACAUGUUGGUUAACAUUCUCCGACCAACCCAUCCUGAUGAUAUAAAAUCAUGGUUAGUCCAUGCUCCUGAAAGAGAAAAAGAAAUUGUUCUGGACAUGAUCCGUGCAGUGUGCACAUCUGAUAAUGAGUACAGAGAAGGAUUUAAUGAAACAAUUAAGUCUGUAAUGUAUGAUGAUCAGCUGCUACAACAUGAGUCCAGCCUUGAUUUGGAUGAGAUUCAGAAGUAUAAUGAAACUAAAAGAAAGGAGAGAGAAGAGCUGGAGAGGAAGAAACAAGAGAAAGAAGAAGCAGAGAAACCAAGGACACCCCGGUCAGCAGGCUCCCAGGGCUAUACUCAAUAUCAAUGGACAAGUCCUGGAUGUAAACCCAGCUCACCAUUUAUUGCCACGGAGAAGAAGAAAGAAGCAUUGAUUGAACAGAGCAAACCAAGGCCUGGGACAGCAGAAGCAGAAAUUGAAGAGAUUCGAAGUCGGCUCCAGUCCCGCUCCUCACCUCGAGUGUUUACACAUCAGAGAGCCUCAGCAUCACGACACUCUGCUCGGCCCCAGUCUCAGCAGAGUGUGUAUGUUCCACCUGCUGAGUGCCUGGAACCUGCUGCCAUCAGGCCUCCUAGUCACCAGUCCAUCAAGUCACAGCAGUCAGUGAUUCGCAGUAUCUUGUCAUACAAGCCACAGCAAAAUCAGUGAUAAUACUGUUCAUGAUUCUUGCUGGCAUAAUUUGAAUAUUUAGAUAAAUCACUGUAAUUUCAAGGCAUUUUAGUGUAAUAUAUAAUUUAUUUUACUUGUCAAUGAGCACUACCUCAUAGUUCAACCAACACAAUCAGAGAUGUUAGACUAAGAGGUAAGUUAGUGUUUUGUACAAUUUUUAAGUGUCUUACUCAAAUACUACUUGUAUUGAGAUCCACCUCUCUUACUCAAGGAAUGAUGGGGUUUUAUUAUAAAACCUCCUAAUAAAGUUACUGUCUUAGGAACAAUUAACAGCUUCCCAUGAGAGGGUUGGAAAUUAAGCAAUUGUGUCAGUCUUGUUAAAGAAAUUUUUUGGCAAGGUUUUUUUAAAUAUUCACUUUCCACUUAAGUAUAGCACACAAACCCCAUUUUUUUCUCUCAAUUCACCUUUGAUGCAAAAAGACAUUUUUUUUUCUUGGAAUGGCACAAACGCAGUAGGUUACACAUCUAGUUUUGCUAUACACUCUUUUUGAAAAAAAAAACAGCAAAAGACUGAAUGGAAUUUAAAAAAUCUUAAACCUUUUGCAUGGAGUGUGCAGAGAUGUACUACCCUCUGAAAAUAAUUAAAUUACCUUAUCUUGGUUUGAAUUAAAGUGUGUAAAGGAUGACUCCUCAGAGUUAUAAAAUACUAAAUAACAAUUCAGUGAGAUUUUGUUGGCCUGUGCACUUUCAAUUACCUGAAAGAAAAUGUGAAAUAGGAUUCGAGUUGUCAAUGGUUGGGAGGAUGCGUACACAGGCAAGACUAUCAGCAGAAAAUAGAAUGUAAUUUUAUGUACAUUUGAAAAGAGAGAGAAGUGGCUCUUUGGUACACCAGCUGGUGUAGUUUUGUAAGAUUUUUUUAGAUGAACUACUUGAAAGUAUGACUGUUUUAGAUUUCAUUUGUAAAUUCACCAAUAAGAAAAUUAAAAGAAACUAUUGUG